AUGACACCUCUUGGUUUUGAUUUUACUUCAUUUGUUCUUUCGUUCGGAACAGGAGUAUUCGUGGCACUUUUUUUAAUGCGGUGGGGAUGCCCUUUUCAGUUCUCCGUGCGCUCAAAGAUGCGGCAAGCAAAUGCUUUUGCCUGUUGCGGUGAGCCUCUUAAGAUGACUUUGGUUGUGCGCAGGGACCUAAAAAUGGGAACGGGGAAAAUUGCUGCGCAGUGCGCUCACGCGGCCGUUGCCGUCAUGGAGGAAGUGCAAAGUCGGCGCAGUGAUAAUGGUGCUAACUGCAACGACAGCUGUUCUACGUAUGGUUACAGUGGCAACAGUGAUCAUUACUCCCCUGCUGCAUCUCAAAUGUGCGGUGGGAGUGGUGCAGAUAAGUGGGUGUCGUGGUAUGAUGCAUGGAGGUUUGCUGGCAGCAAGAAAGUUGCUCUUCAGUGUGAAAAUGAAGAGCAACUAAUGGAAGCCUACAGAGCCGCCAGGCGUGAGGGAAUUCCACACGCUGUAAUCCGUGACGCGGGAAGAACUCAAAUUGCCGCGGGGAGCAAAACCGUGCUGGCUGUGGGACCUGCCCCAGAUUCACUUGUAGACCGUGUAACAGGUCAUUUCAAACUCCUUUAA